AUGUUUUCUCCCGCAAUAACUGAGCCUGUUGAGAUCAAAAAUCGUGACAACACACCAAGUAAUAAUAACGUUCCUGAUACACAUAGAAUUAAUAAUAUAAACCGACUUAUUUCCCCUCCACAAGGGCAAAAUAUUCAAUUAUCGAAAUCUCAACCUAGCAUUCAGAAUAAACCUGGUACUUCACCUGAUAUUAGGUUAAGUGCUUCUGGUGGUUAUGGAAGGUCUUUCGGAUCUUUGGAACAUAAUUCAGAGGCUAUUCCCAUCGACAUUCCUGAUGAAAGAAAGGCAGAGAUAAUCAGAAAGCACCUCGUCACAGAGGAAGAUUUUGCUCGUAGCGCCGAGAAUGGCGGCAGUUCGACAGAUCCACUUGCACUUUAUUCAACAUCUCAUCAUAAGUUGCCUGGAUUAGAUGCAACUCAUGAGGUUUAUAAAUGGCAUAACAAUAUAGAAAUUGAGCCUAUGAAACGUACUCGUUCUCGUUCUUUAUAUAUACCACGACCAACUGAUCCAGAUAUGUCUAAUAUCAGGGAACCAGGCGGAUUUCGUCGUCAUCAUAUGAUGAUGAAGGCAAGGCAGGAAGGCAAAGAGCUACCUAACAUUAUAACCCGAAACUUUAUCGAUUUUCUUGCAAUGUACGGCCAUUUUGCCGGUGAAGAUUUGUCGGAUGAUGAAGAAGAUAAGGAAGAUGAUAUUGUUAUUACAGAGAUGACUCCGUUGCUUCAAAGAGAGAUUCCCACUCACGCUACUGCGUCAUCUUCGAAAGCUGUGUUUUUACUUUUAAAAUCAUUUGUUGGCACUGGUGUUAUGUUUUUACCAAAGGCGUUCUAUAAUGGUGGCAUGCUUUUUUCAACAAUAGUCCUGAUUGCAAUCGCUGCAAUAUCAUUAUGCACAUUUUUAUUACUUGUUGAAACACGGACUUAUGUCCCAUAUAGUUUUGGUGAUAUCGGUGGCGCAUUAUAUGGUCGUUGGAUGAGACUUGCAGUUCUAUUCUCAAUAACACUUUCUCAGAUCGGAUUUGUUUGUGCGUACAUGAUCUUUGUUGCCGAAAAUCUCUCUUCGGUUACUAGAUAUUUUGUAGAUAUUAAAGAGAUGGACAUAUCUUGGUUUAUUAUGGGACAAUUGUUUGUUUUCGCACCACUCGCCAUGAUUCGUCGUAUAUCCAGAUUGUCGUUUACAGCAUUGAUUGCAGAUGCAUUUAUUAUGUUUGGACUAUUAUAUUUAUAUUAUUAUGAUAUUUAUCGAUUAUCAACAAUUGGCGUCGGUGAAAUCAAAUCAUUUAAUUCAGCGGAUUUCGCUAUGUUUAUUGGCACUGCUGUUUUCACUUUUGAAGGGAUUGGUCUAAUCAUUCCAAUAACAGAAUCUAUGAAAGAACCCGAAAAAUUUCCCAAAGUUUUAACUGGUGUCAUGAUCUUCAUUACCAUCAUUUUCACAUCAAUUGGUGUUUUAUCUUAUGCCGCUUUCGGUAAAGAAGUGCAGACUGUAGUUAUUCUAAAUUUACCCCCCAAUGACCCAUUAGUUCGAAUUGUUCAAUUGCUUUAUGCUUUGGCUAUUCUACUUUCUGUACCUUUACAAUUGUUUCCGGCCAUAAGAAUCAUGGAACAAGGUAUAUUUGAGAGAAGUGGCAAAGAUAACCUUUUGGUGAAAUGGCAAAAGAAUUUGUUUCGAUUUUUAACCGUAGUAGCUUGUGGAUUAAUUGCAUGGGGAGGUGCAUCGGAUUUAGAUAAAUUUGUUUCAUUAAUUGGAUCAUUUGCAUGGUAA